AGCCGGGGAGCCUCGAAGGCUCCGGGAGCCCUGGGAGGCCCCGGAGAGGCGCGGGCGGAUGGCGCAAGGAUGGGCCGGCUUCUCCGAGGAGGAGCUGCGCAGGUUGCGGCAGAACAAAGAUCCGUUUGAGCCUGUUGAUCGACAAAGGCGUCACCCUGUGAACAAAAGUCGACAGCAGCUGCAACGUGAAAAGGCCCUUCAGCAACAAAGCCAAAAGCUUGGACUUCAGGAUGGUACAGCAGCAGUGCCUCCAGAGCAGUUGCUUUCUGCGCCAAAACGGAGAGCUGACUCUCAGCAGCAUCACACAUCUCCUACUCUUCUUAUAUCCCCUGGCGAUAACGAAAGGCAUCAAAACAUGGGAAAUCAGCAGAAAAAAGCAGGACUUGAGAAUUCCUGUAAUAAUGAUGUUAAAAAAGAUGAGAUGGUUACUGCAAAACCAAACUGUAAAUUGGAAAAAAAGAAAGUGGAAUUGCAGGAAAAAUCUCAUUGGGAAGUCCUCCAGGAAGAGCAACGACUAAUGGAAGAGAAAAAUAAACGGAAAAAAGCAUUGUUGGCCAAAGCUAUUGCGGAAAGAUCUAAAAGGACUCAGGCAGAAACCAUGAAACUACAGCGGAUCCAGAAGGAGUUACAGGCUUUAGAUGACAUGGUAUCAGCUGACAUUGGAAUCUUACGGAAUCGAAUUGAUCAGGCAAGCUUGGACUAUUCCUAUGCUCGGAAACGGUUCGACAAGGCGGAAGCUGAGUAUGUGGCUGCAAAGCUGGACCUGCAGCGGAAGACGGAGAUCAAAGAGCACCUCACGGAGCACCUCUGCACCAUCAUCCAGCAGAACGAGCUCCGCAAGGCCCGAAAGUUGGAGGCGCUCAUGCAGCAGCUGGAAGUGGAGGCUGACGAGGAGAGUCUGGAGCUGGAGAUCGAGGUGGAGAAGCUGCUGCAGCAGCAAGAAGAAGAGGGAAGAAGGCAGACAGCCCUUUCGGAGGAGGCCCCGAAGCCAUCUGGGAGUGGUGUCACUCUAGAUACAGCAGCCGAGGGAAGCAAGGGGCCAGACGCAGCUGUUGUGCCGCAGGUAGAGGGCCAGGAUACCAAGGCAGAGACCAGGGCCUGUCCAGAUCCAGGCAGGCCUGAGCAGGAUGGGGAAACUGCUGCAGACACACUGCCCGCCCAUCAGGCCACGUGAAGGGCCAGCAUUUGUGCUGCCCAGUGUGGAGUCUGUGGUAGGCUACCAGGCUUUCUGCCAUCGGGCUGUGCCCCAACUCAGUGAAAUUUGUAGUAAAACCCCAUUGAAAGCCAUCUUUAAAUUAAAUUUGAAUCCCCAUUUGUGAAGUGCCAAGUAAUUGCAUUUUUAUUGUUAAGCAUGAAUGUACUUAGUCAUGCCCUUUGUGUGGGGUGUAUGCUUGGCCAUGAGUUUAGUCAACUUCAGUCCACUUUAUGCGUCUGCUGCUCUUCUGCCCUCCACACCUGAGCACCAGAGGCCGUGCCGUGGAGCAGCUUAGCUGCUGGGCUCAGCUCUCCCAGGGACCAUGUUUUCCCCAUCUUCAUCCGGGCCAUUUUCUGCAGGUGCUCACCCUCCCCCACCCCACCUCUGAUUUUCACCUCUUUGUCAGAGACCUGCAAUCGAAUCACUACCAUUAGUAUACCUGAGGUGUAUUAUUGAGCUGCUCUCUUGUUCCACUGACUCUAUUUGUGACUUCCCAAGCAGCUACUCCCCAAUAGAUGUUAUUUCUCACGUUAAAAUAUAAACUCUGUGCACCUUUCACCAGAGUGCUUGGCAAUAUUAGAAGUGAUUUUCAUUCAUUCACCAUUCACUUCCUUAACUAUCUCAUUUCAGGAGGCUGAUUUGAAGAAAGCAAGAAAACAAACCAGAUUGCUAGAAUUUUAACUUUCUUGUUUUUAAAAUCAUUUUUCUGAUGCCCAUUAAAAGCAAAAACAACAAAACUAGAAAUAACUUUCAGUGUAGUACCUUACCUGAACUAUAUUAAAUUUUGCUGGGAAAAUUCGGUAGUUUUUCUUCAUUGACGUAGGGUUUUUAUUUGUUUGGGAGGGAGUGAUAUGUUAGGAAAGCAUCUGUUUCUCUUUUUUAUUAUUGUGUAAGAUGGCCUGCUUCCCUCUUCUAAAUAGGCUCAUUGUUGAGCACUUCAUCUGGACUAUAGCAGAUUUGUUAAACACUCCUCAAGAGGUACAUAUUUGAGCUAUUAUACUGUUGACUUGCUUUCAUUUUAUAAAUCACAAUGGAUAGAUCACAUGAGUUUAGGGCAUUGGGCCGUUGCCCCAUCAAGCUAUUUGAAGACUCUUGGGACAAGUACUGUAUACAAAGUCGUGGGUUUCUGCCAUCAAUGUUAUCGUUGCUUCAGUGCUGCUGGCUGUCUAAAUUCAGAAGAAUACUUAGCUGUCUUAAUGUAAGAGUGAAAAUGUCAUAUAAUAAGAAAAUACAUAUAAGAAGAUGUAUCAGGGAAUAAUUCAGUAAAUUAUUACUGUUAAUGAUCAAAAAAGUUUUGUUAUUUUUUUCCCUCAAUUUGUUUUGUGUGUUGGGAGUAAAUGAACCUACAUAAUAAAACAAAUUUUAAAAUUCUAUAGCUAAUAUUGACUUGCCAUUAUUCUAAUAGCUUUUCCAUUUCUUACUGCCAUUUGCUUGGCCAAUAUGUUUUACUCUAUAAACUUUUGUGUAAAUUAAGUGCUAUAAUCUCAUCCGAAAACCUGUGGGGGGUUUUGUAUUAAGUUAUGAUAUGAUCUGUAUGACACAUACCCUAGGAAGUGUAAAGAUUUCUAAACUAGUCAUUUCAGAUAGGGAAAGGAAAUGUGCAAUACUAAUAACUUCUCAGAAAAACUUAGGACCAUCUUAUUUAAUGUAUGGACUUAGGGAUUGGACUGUAGCUUCGCUGUCAUUUCCUAUUCCUGUGUUUGUAGCUCUAUAUUUGUAUAUUAUCCAGUAUGAUUGAAAUAUUACUGACUGUUGCUGUUGUCAUCUUCAAAAUCACAAACAUAGGUAAAUAAUUGCAUUUAAAAUUUACGAAUUGUAUACAUAAAAUUGAAACUUUGAUGUCCAAGUUCAUCUUAUUUUUC